UUUGUGUUACAGGUCUGACUGAUAAUGAGAUCCUCUCUCAGGCCUUUAUAUUCAUCUUCGCUGGCUAUGAAACCAGUAGCAGCACAAUGGGAUUUGUAGCUUACUGCCUGGCAACCAACCCUGACAUCCAAAAGAUCCUGCAAGAGGAGGUUGACGAAACAUUCCCAGAAAAGUGUCGACCAACCUAUGAAGCCCUGACGCAGAUGGAAUACCUGGACAUGGUGCUGAAUGAGGCAAUGAGGCUGUACCCUAUUGCUACUCGAGUAGAGAGAAUGUCAAAGUCUUCAGUGGACAUUAACGGCGUGACCAUCCCUAAAGGAACUGUCGUCGCGGUACCAGUGUACACUCUCCAUCGUGACCCUGCUUUGUGGCCUGAGCCCGAAGCCUUCAAACCUGAAAGGUUUAGCAAAGAGAACAAACACAACCUAGACCCGUAUGCCUUCCUACCCUUUGGAGCAGGGCCAAGGAACUGUAUUGGCAUGCGAUUUGCCGUCUUGAUGAUGAAGUUGGCCAUAGUGGAGAUCCUUCAGAGAUUCAGCUUUGUCACAUGCAAGGAGACAGAAAUUCCACUGGAGCUGGGAAAUGAAGGAUUUCUCGCACCCAAGAAUCCCAUCAAGCUGAUGCUGCAGCCCAGACCAACUGUUGCUGAUUAGGACAUGAUUUAAGAUGAUAGUACAUCUUGCACAACAUAUAUAUAUUUUCCAUAAAUAAUUCAACAUUUAUCAGCAUUACACAAUUGAAACAAGAAAUGCGUGCCAACAAAUCCAAAAGCUUGGCUCUACUAAAAAAAACACUGUUGAUGGUUUUUGUCAUCCUGAUUUACUGAUAUUUUAGUUUUUUCCUCUGUAUUUUAACUAAUUAUAUUUUUGUAAUCUCUGAUAUAUUCUAUGUAAAAUAUACCAAUAUGUGACAUCACUAUUACUGUUCAAUAGCAUGCCACAUCACAUGCCAGAGAGUUAUUUUGUGAUAUGUUAUCACUAUGAGCAUGAGUCACCUGUUGUUUACUCUUUCUUGAUUAAAGUCCUUUCAUAAUAAGAUCAAAUUCUACGUUACUAAUGAAAUUUAUGGAUCACAAUAUUUUUUAAUGUACUAUCAUUUUGCGAGGACUUGCUGUAGAGAGUUUUAAUUAUGCUCAUUUAUGCUAUACUUCUACUUUGCUUGUCUCUAUGGUAUUAGCGCUUUCUGUUUGGCUGUGCUCUUUGUUCCUCAUUUUACAAGUAGAUAGGGUGGAGCUCAGCACUGAUCACAAUUGGCACCUGAGUGGGCUGGGCGAUAGGAGAUAACAAUGUCAUUCUCUUCCUCAGGCCUUUUAGCUGACAUUUGACUUAUUCUGCAUAAACGCAUUUCACUCAGUGGCAUAUCUGACAUUCCUAAUAUUCUCGCAAUCACAUGUCAUUUGUGACUUUGUUUCUUACUUAUCUAAUAAAAAAUACAUCUCA